AUGAGCGCUUUCAACAUACCGAGUGGUUCCGCUACGGUGGACCUAAGCGGCGCCAAUAACAACAACCAGGACUGGGCUUACCCGUACCCGUGCGGAAACAUGAGCCCGAUGGAGGAGACACUGCAGGCGGGCAUGUCCUCGGUACAAGCGGGUCUGGACGUGGGACAUCUCCGCGGACUGGGGGCCAGCCAGGAGCAUCUGCUGUUGGAUUUAGGGUCCCCGCCUGGGUUUCUACAGGGAGGGUCGCAGGCAGAGGAGUCCAGUGACAGCGAGGGGAACUUUGCGGCUCAGUACGAGGGCAGGAGGAAGAGGUCUCGCUCCAACAGCUCCAGACACCGCUUCCAUGACGUGGUGACGGAGCUCGGGCCGGAGGAGGUGCGCUGGUUCUACAAAGAAGACAAGAAGACGUGGAAGCCCUUCUUGGGACACGACUCGCUCAAGAUCGAGUUGGUGUUUAGGAAGUAUUGUGAGCUGAACCCACGGACUACGGAGUCCCAGGUCAACAACGCCGACGACGAGUUCCCAGGUAACGGCGUGGAGAGCAGGGGUCUGAACGGGACUAGUCCGGCGGACUCCAAAUCUAGCGCAGCGCAGUCUCCCCAGAACUCGAUCGACGCGUCCACCCUGUCCCCCAGCCACAGGGACCUGGACGGCAUGGUGGUGCCGCUGGAGCCGGUCUGUGUGCGCGGCGGCCUGUACGAGGUGGACAUCAUCCUCAGGGAGUGUUACCCAGUCUACUGGAAACAACAAGACCACAUCCCGGUGAUGCGGGGACAGUGGUUCAUCGACGGCUCCUGGCUGCCUCUAGAUGAAGACGAGAGCGACUUGAUCGAGCAGGAGCACCUCCGGCGCUUCAGGGGGCAGCAGAUGCAGGACACACUGGAGACCGAUCAGGUGGUCAGCACGGUCGACCGCAAAGACGCCAUCCACCACCUGAAGCUGAGCCGCACCCACGUGGACUGGCACAGCGUGGAAGAAGUCUACCUCUACAGCGACGCAACCACCUCCAAGAUUGCGCGAACGGUCACGCAAAAACUGGGCUUCUCCAAAGCCUCCAGCAGCGGCACGCGGCUGCACCGGGGCUUCGUGGAGGACUCUUCCCCGGAGGACCGGCCGCCUCAGACCACGCAUAUCGUGUUUGUGGUGCAUGGCAUCGGUCAGAAGAUGGACCAGGGACGCAUCAUCAAGAACACUGCGAUGUUGAGGGAUGGAGUGAGGAAAAUGGAGGAGAAGCACUUCCUAGGUCACAAUGAUGAGCAUGUGGAGUUCCUGCCGGUGGAGUGGAGAUCCAAGCUCACUCUGGACGGAGACGCAGUGGAAACCAUUACUCCGGACAAAGUACGAGGUCUGAGAGACCUCCUCAACAGCAGUGCCAUGGACAUCAUGUACUACAACAGUCCUUUGUAUCGGGACGAGAUCACCAAAGGCCUGACGCAGGAGCUGAACAGACUGUACAGCCUCUUCUGCUCCCGGAACCCAGACUUUGAGGAGCGCGGGGGGAAGGUGUCUGUGGUGUCGCACUCGCUGGGCUGCGUCAUCACCUACGACAUCAUGACGGGAUGGGACCCUGUGCGCUUCUGCCUCCAGGAGACCCGCUCCAUGGAGGAGGAGUUGGACCAGCGCUGGAUGUCCUACGAGGAGAGGCACGUGCUGGAGCAGAUCAAGAUCACCAGAAAGAGGUUAAGAGAGUUGGAAACUCAGCUCAUAGACCUGGAGGCCAGCCGGCCCUCUGCACGACCUGCUCUCAAGUUCAAGAUUGAGAACUUCUUCUGCAUGGGCUCUCCUCUGGCCGUGUUUCUCGCCCUCAGAGGGAUCCGUCCUGGGGUCAGCGUUCACCAGGACCACAUCCUCCCCACGUCCAUCUGCUGUCGCCUGUUCAACGUCUUCCACCCCACGGAUCCCGUGGCCUACAGACUAGAACCCCUCAUUCUCAAACACUACAGCAAUAUAUCCCCCGUGCAAAUCCACUGGUGCAGUGCCACUAACCCCACGCCGUAUGACGAGCUGAGGCCGACCUUCCUCACCCCGGUCAAAGAGCCCACAUCAGACACCGACAGCAUCCCCAGCCCCAGCACCUCCCCAGUCCUCCCACGCCGCCACUACGGAGAGUCUUUCACCAGCCUGGGCAAGGCCAGCAUCCUGGGGGCGGCAAGCAUCGGCAAAGGCAUCGGGGGCAUCCUGUUUUCUCGCUUCUCCCGCUCCAACAGCCAGCCGUCUGUGAGCCUGGGAGCAGAGGGCGUGGUCACCAGCGAGGAGGAGGAGCAGAAGAGGGCCGAGAGCCAAUCAGCGUACGGCCUGUCCUCCAUGGUCCGCCCCACUUCCCCCACCGUCGACACAUCACUGGAGCUGGAGCGGCGCAUAGACUUUGAGCUGCGCGAGGGCCUGGUGGAGAGCAGGUACUGGUCCGCGGUCACCUCCCACACCAGCUACUGGUGCUCCCACGACAUCGCCCUGUUCCUGCUGACCUUCAUCUACAAGCCCUGCACUACCCCCACCCACCAACAGCAGCAGCAGAGCGUGGAUGAAGAGCCGGACUGA